AUGUCACAGCAAUAUGCAAAGGACCAGCCGCAAGGCUUCAAGAACUACGUGGAAAACAUCGCCAUCGUUGGGGCAGGUGGUCGCGUCGGAGCCUUCGUGGCGCAUGAACUGCUCAAGACAAAAAAGCACAAAGUCACAGCGCUCUCACGGCCCGAAAGCACCAGCAAAUUGCCCGCCGACAUUCUAGUCAAACACAUCAGCUACGAUGACCCGUCAUCGCUGGUUGACGCCCUGCGCGGCCAAGACGCGCUCAUCAUCACCAUGUCAGUCAUGGCACCUCCCGACCAGGAAGCGAAACUGAUCCAAGCCGCCGCCGACGCCGGCGUGCCGUGGGUCAUGCCGAACGAAUGGGGCCUGGACCCGUCAAUGAAAGAUUUGGCGAAAGAAUCGCUUAUAGGCGAGCCCCGAGAGAAAGCGCGCAACCUGAUCACCAGUCUAGGAAAGAGCAGCUUCAUUUCGCUGGUCGUUGGGUUCUGGUAUGAAUUCAGCCUCGGGGGCUUGAAGUAUCGUUAUGGGUUCGACAUCCCGGGCCGGGAGGUGACUUUCUACGACGACGGAAACACCAAGAUCAACACCAGCACUUGGCAACAGUGCGGGCGUGCUGCGGCGGCCGUCUUCAGUCUGAAGGUGUUGCCCGAAGAUGAAGCGGACAAGGCCCCGACGCUUUCCCAGUUCAAGAAUGGGUUCGUCUAUGUCUCGUCGUUCUUGGUCAGUCAGCGCGAUAUGUUUGCCAGUGUUCUUCGCGUCACGGGGACGAGUGAGAAAGAUUGGACAAUCAAGUACCAGGAUGUCGAGGAGCGGUACAAGGAGGGGGUGGAGGAGAUGAAGGCGGGCGAUGUGUUCAAGGGGUUUACGAAACUGCUUUAUGCGAGGGACUUUUAUCCGGAUGGAUGUGGCAAUUAUGAGGCCAGGAAAGGCUUGCACAAUGACCUACUGGGCUUGCCGAAGGAGGAUCUGGAUGAGUGCACGAAAGUCGCGGUCGUCAUUGCUGAGAAUGGCGAGGAGGCUGGACGCCUUUAA